AUGCAAAUAGUUCCAGAAAAUGCUCUUCGAAGUUCCAGAUCUAGUUUUACAAGCGAUGACUUACCUUAUGUCUUAAAGGGCAAAGUGGUUUCGCAAUCCUCGCCAUUCGUAUCAAAAAAUGAGUAUGUGGCGACAAUCACUGAAAUUAGAAAUAAUGCUUCACCAACGGAAACAAAAAAUCAACCAGAAGCAUUAGUUUCGAGCAAAAUUGAUGAAAUGUCUCAACAGUAUGAAUCAGAAACUCUUCCCCCAGGAAUUCCACCAUUUCUCAAAGGUGCUUCGUUAGAUAUUCAUAGAAGGUUUCUAGAAAUUGUUUUCAAUCGCAAUGAUAGCUUUCGAGGAAAACAAACUAAACUCGAUGAAUUGGUUUCAAAAUUGGAUAUAAAAAAUCAACAAAUGUAUGAACAAUUUCGUAAAAACAAAGACAUUGAAGAAACGGAAAGACGAUCGAGAAUCCAUGCUUUAGUUGCUACUAUGUCGGAUAAAGCACAAGCAGCUUUUGCUAAAAUCUCAGCUGUUCUCAUGAAUCCAGAUACGAAAGAUUUUGAACGGCAGGAAAUGCUUCAAAAAAUCUAUUCGAAAGUGGAAAGCAGUGUUAAAAACGAAUUCAAUCGCCGUUUUGCAGAACUUGUUUAA